AUGGCGCUGGUUCUCAGGGCGUUCAUCAGCCAGAGACUGGCGGCCGCAGCAGAGGAGAUCCUGCGGGAGGUGGAGAGGACCGUGGUCCGGUACCAGGACCAGGACCAGGACCAGGACCAGCCGGUCCCCAGCUGGACCCCCGGGGUCCCCACACACGCCACAGAUGUCCGGCUGCAGGUCCUUCAGCAGGUGGAGCUUCUCUCUGAGAAGCAGAUCUGGGUCCGGGAGAUUAACCCCGGUCCGGUUCAGGAGAAACCAGAACCUCCACAGAUUAAAGAGGAAGAGGAGGAGCUCUUCAGCGGUCCAGAACCAGAGCAGCUGGUUCUAAAGCAGGAGGCUGAGACCUUCAUGGACCAGGAAGCUGGUGGACCUGGACCCGACGAGGACCGGCUCCUCGGUCCCGGUUCCUCUCAAGCUGGACUCCAGGAGGGGGACUGGGAAGCCGCGGCACCGCCGAAGAAGAGACGGCGCCGGACUCUCCCCGAGUCUCCGGGGACGUGUCUCACCUGCCGGACCUGUGGACAAGGCUUUGAGGAGACACAGCUGCUGGACGGACAUCUCAGCGUCCACUCAGACCUUCAGGACCCGGAGGCACCUGUCAAUCACCCGGAGGGGCGGGACCGUCUGGACCCGGAAGAACCGGAACCUCCGCCGACCAAAGAGGAGCAGCAGGAAGUUCUGAAGGAGGAGGUCCAGGAUUUCCCGGUGACCUACAGCCACGAGGAGGAGAGCAGCUGCAGCCAAAUGGAAGUGAGCGGCGUUAAGUUCCUCUUCUACCUCAAAGCUGGGAGCCCAGACCGUCUGGACCCCGGAGGCCCGGACCAGGGGGGAGGCCCGGGUUUAGACCCAGGAGGAGGCCCAGACCGACUGGACCCAGAGGAACCAGAACCUCCGCCGACCAAAGAGGAGCAGCAGGAAGUUCUGAAGGAGGAGGUCCAGGAUCUCAUGGUGACCUUCAGCCACGAGGAGGAGAGGGGCGAUCAGUUCCUCCUCUACCUUGAAGCUGAGAGCCCAGACCACCUGGACUGGGGAGGCCCGGCCCUAGACCCUGCCCUAGACUCGACCCUGCCCCAGACCCUGCCCCAAACCCUGCCCCAAACCCUGCCCCAAACCCUGCCCCAAACCCUGCCCUAG